AUGGGUUGCAAACAGCCGGAAAGUGAAGAAUGCAGAGAAUGGCCCGAGAAAAGUAUACCAUUAUGUGAACAAGUUCUGCAAUCAGGAUGUAAAAAACUGAUUACUGAUAUUGUGAAGACAGCUUGCGAUGAGGAACCCAGCUACCUGGCGUGUGACUUUGUGUACCCACCAACCACCACUUCCGCAACUACCAUACCGACAACAACAACUACUACAUCUACAGUACCCCCAACGACUUCUGGUAGUAACCCAACACCAAUUAUCAUUGGAUGUGUUGUGGGGGGAAUUGUAUUCUUAGUGAUUGGAGUUGCUGGAUUAUAUUUCCAUAGUAAGAAGACAUUCACCGACGAUGUCGAGUCAAAUGUUGUCAAAAAUAUUAAGAGUGCCGCGGUGAAAGUGAUAAAUGUACAUCACGAGAAGCAUGAAGGCGACUACGAGAAGUACUUCAAGACGGUGACGCUCACCGUAAAACUCUCCGAUGCCAUAACGGCCGACCCACACGGCCCCGAAACAUUCGGCGAGACAAUUGUUGAGUUGGUCAAGAAAUUCCAACCGGAUCAUGUCAACGACACGACAAAAGUCGGAAUUACCUUCAAGUCGCUGGAGCUGGACGCAGCCGAAGCAGUCGGGAUCUCAUUGAUCCCCUCUCAAGGUGGUCACUGGGAGAAAGUGGUCUAUAAUCUGGAGCUGAAGACCCAAUCAAACAAGUCACCACUCGAAAUCCAGAACCCAACGCUGGAUAUCAUUCUGAAGUAUGUCGUACCCCCAUCAGGAUCGGGGAAACGGAAAUCUGGAUUUUCCAUGCGGGAUAUACUCGAUAGUGACAUGUUUGGAAAAAGAAGACUGGUCAACAGCGAUGGCGAAUGA